AUGAUAAUCCCGAAGCUCAGCGAUGCAAAACGGAUCCUCACAGCUCACCACUUGUCAAACAUCGCCCUAUCGUUGAUGUUCUUCGUGGCCAAGGGACAAUCGUGGAUUUGUGAACGAUUAUUCUACUACGAGAACUCUUGUGAGAUCGAUUCAAGGGAAAGAGAAAUCCUCAUGUUUCUGGCCGUAGUAAUUGUAUGGAAAGGCAGGAAAGCGACGAAUUGGCUUCACUAUAUUUCGAAUGUGUUUCUCUUCUCGAAAGUCGCAAACAGCCUCCUCUUUCUUCGUGCCGAUCUCUUGAUCGGGAUUAUCUACGUAUUGUUGGUGAUCGCUGUGACCGUGAUUUUCCCUGAGCCAAUGUACGAUGGACCAGAGAAUAUCACUUAUUUCCAAGGAGACGGUCUUUUCAAUGAGCUGACGCGCGAUCGACGGACGACUUGGUUCAUUAUGUUCUAUGCGACAUGGUCUCCCGAUUGUAAACACGUGAAUCCAGUGUUCGCCGAGCUUUCCGAGCGGUUCACUCUACCAAAUCUUCGCUUCGGAAAGCUGGAUGUCGGACGGUAUCCAAAGGCGGCCGAACAUUUUCGCGUGAAUGCUCAUCCAACGAGUCGACAAUUGCCGACAAUUUGCUGUUUCGAGGACGCAAAGGAGAUCCGAAGACGCCCGCUUGUCAACGAUAAACGACGAGCGAUCCCGUUUGUCUUCAAUCAAGAGAAUUGUAUUUUGGAAUACGACAUGUUGAACAUUUACAACAAGUGCAAAGAGGGUUUGAAUAAGAAAGAGUUGAAGAAAAUGGAGGACGAAAAGAAAAAGGAU